AUGUUUGGCUUUGUGAACAAACGUAUCGAGCACUGGCUGGCAGAGCGAAAAUGCCGCAGGAACAGACUGGUGACCAAAGAUGGUCACUGCAACAUUGAAUUCGGAAAUAUCAUGUACAGCACACACUUAUCGUUCCUCGCUGACCUCUGGACCACCUCUGUGGAGAUCCGGUGGCGUUAUGUCCUCCUCCUCUUCACUGCCUCCUUCACCCUCACCUGGUUAAUUUUUGGCCUGCUGUGGUACUGGAUUGCCCUCAACAAUGGAGACCUGACGUGGCAAAACCCCCCAUCAAACCACAGUCCAUGUAUUAUAGGUGUCUAUGGACUCACCACAGCGUUCCUAUACUCCCUUGAAACCCAGACAACUAUUGGGUAUGGUGUCCGAGCACUCACCGAUCUUUGCCCAGGUGCUGUGGCCGUUGUCAUUAUCCAGGCCCUAUUCGGAGCCAUCAUCAACUGCUGCAUGUGUGGAGUCAUCCUGUCCAAAAUCUCUUUACCCAAAAAGAGGGCUAAGACCAUCUCAUUCAGUGACAUGGCUGUCAUCAGCCCCAAAAACGGUUUUCUUUCCCUGUCAAUCAGAGUGGCCAACCUACGCAAGACACUGAUGAUUGGAAGCCAUAUCUAUGGAAAGCUGCUGAGGACAACAAACAGAGCUGACGGGGAGACAAUCAUCAUGGACCAGGUGAACAUUGAUUUCAUAGUGGACGCCGGGAAGGACAACCUCUUCUUUGUCUGUCCUCUCACGCUUUACCACAUCAUUGACAAGAGCAGCCCCUUCUUCGAGAUGGCGGUAGAUACGCUCCACAAUCAAGAGUUUGAGCUGGUCGUCUUCCUAGACUGCACCGCAGAGACUACUAGCUCUGCCUGCCAGGUCCGGACCUCCUUUAUUCCUCAGGAGAUCAUGUGGGGCUACAACUUCUUGCCCAUCAUCUCCAGAAGCAAGGAGGGCAAGUACCGAGUAGAUUUCUCCAACUUCGCCAAGGUGGAGCCAGUGGCCACUGCACACUGUGCCUCAUGUUUCCACAACAUCAAGGGUCAUCAUCACUACUCCAGAGAUGGACAUGACAACCAGGGCUUUGAUAUGAUUGAAAUUAAUGAGCUUCCGAAUGUAACCAAGAUGUGA